CGGACAGACACUUAACAUAAAAUCGGCCCGGAAUUUAUUUCUCGAACAGCCUUCUAUAACUAAAAUACAGGCUUCAUCGAAAUUUGCCCAUGAACCACUUUCAAAUCUUUCGCCAAAGUCACAUCAUAAAAUUACAUAUGUCUGUUCUCCUCCAUAUUACAACCUUCUAGCUGGCCGCAUGGCAAGGAUAGACAUAAGCUUUCAAGUGCAAAUCGAUUUGAUCAAGAAGCUGCUCAAUCAAAUAAGCUCAUCGUCCAAUGCCGAGUUUAUGAUCAUGCACGUAUCAUCAAGCACAAUGUCAAGGAACAGAAGCUGGCAUCAUGGCUUCGUUGAAAGGGACGGCAUCCUCCAGAUCCUUCUCACUCAGAUGAAACGAUUUGCAUUAACAUAAGGGAAGACUUCUCGAAGUUCAAGAAGCAAAAUGUGGAGUGCAAGGAGUGCAAAUGACGGCUACAUGCUACGUGCUUUGAGAUUAGGUACUCAUCUAUUGUUUUACCUAUCCUCUUUGACCGACUGGAAUCAUCCUCACGCAUUCAUGGGACAGCAUAUGCCCAGUAUGUUCUCGUCACAGCCUGGAGGCCACACCACGUGAGGCCAACAGAUUCGUGGAGGUGGAGGUCUGUAUAGAGUCAGAACUGAGCUUACAACACCCUAUGCAGACUCAAGCAAGGUUGGACACAAUAUCCGUGAAUAUCACUGGAGGUUAUAACAGUAUCCCGAGUGAACAUUUCAAGAGCUUGGAAUCUUGCUGUUUGGACCAUUCCCUUACCACUAGCUCACCUUUCCCUAAGAUCCCAAUACAGCCCAGAAGUGGAGACACCAGCUCAGUUGUGCCACCUUUUUCUACAUAGUCGGGUCGGAGUACCAUUGGGAUGAAAAGAUU